GACAAGACGGCAAGACGGUGCGUUUCACUGGAAACCGUGUUAAAAUUAGAAUAUCCGUUCGGCAGUUCUUACUUCUUAGAUGAAAUGCAUUCAGUUUGAUGUGUGACUGAGAUAUGAGUUGUGGUUUUUUGAUUGUGUUUUGUUUUAAGUUUCUAAUGAUUUAGUGAAGUGCACUGUCAAAUUCUCGAAAGAUUAGAUUUUUUGGGUUUUGUGUUUUAAUGCAAUAGAAAAUUGUGUGUUGGAUGUAGGCUGUUUUAAUGAGUGUACCCGAGUGGUGACUGGUGACACGGUUCAGUGGGAACGUGCGUAUUUUCCUCAUCGUCGGCGAGAACAAAGGGACCUUAUUUGCGGAUUUAUUUAACACUUUCCAACGACCGGAAUACUGCGAAAUAUUAUAUACCAGCCUGUUGAUCUAGACACGUGAACUGUGCGUAUGUGAACGGGACGAUGCGAGAGUUCGCGGCGUAAAAAAACGAAUGCAAAAAUGAUUAAAAGGAACGGUGAUAAUGUAUUUGCGAUCGCGUCGAGCAACAAUCAGUGUCAAGGCGGCCGGAGCGCCGUCUCGCUCUGUCCUGGCGCGGCCACGAGGAUUCCGCGCGCCACUGCCGCCAGGAUGACGCAGCCUGACGCGCAUCAAAACACGAAGGAGGCGAAUAUCGCGCUGUCGACUUACGUGGAAAAGUGGAAGAGCAGAUACGAAGAAGGCGAGAGGAAGCACAAAGCGUACCUCCUCAAGGCCGAAAAAGCCAAGCGCGAGCACGAUGACCUCCAAAGGCGGUACAACAUCGUCACGGAGGAGAGAAACCACUUGGAGGCCGAGCUCAAUGACAGGGAGAAAGAGCUCAACAAGCUGCGGGCCGUUUCCGAGAAGCUGUUCAACGAAUAUCAGCAGCUCAAGAACCAGCACGAUAUCGACUCGGGCGUUAUGCAAAAGGUGAUGCAGCAGGCGGGAGAGUGGUACAAGCAGAACAAACAGCUCAAGCGCAAGAGUACCGCCCUGUUGCACGCCUUGCCCGCUGCGGCUGUUGACAUCGACCUUACGGACGCCACAGAUACAGCAUCAGACGCGAGCAGCAACGAGGAGGUGGAGUUCCUGAAGCGAUGCGUCAGUGAGCUGAGCGCCCAAGUGGCGGCGCUGCAGACCGAGGCCAGCGCGGCGCGACUGCACGAGUUCGAGGCACACGAGGUCAACGUUCAGAUCACCCAGGACCUAGAAAUAGAGCGGGAGAAAUGCAGCAAGCAAGAGAAGGAGCUGCAAGACCUGAGGAAUCAGCUAGAGAGGCACAACCGGGUGUCGAAACUGCUGAUGGAGGAAAUGGGUGCUUUAAAGAACCACGCGGAUAAAGACAGAGAGAUGGCUGAAACCUACAAGUCGGAAGCCCGCGACGCCAAGAAGCGUGUAAAGGUGCUCGCCCACCAGAGCGCGUUGCUGAUGGGAGAGCUGGAGGUUGACGAGCGGCUCGGGCUUCUGCUGGGGGAGGUAGACAGCCUGCGGGAUGCCCUGGAACAGCAGGUCGUGCGCCACAAGGAGCAGGUUGAGGAGUUACAGCUCAAACUAGCAGAGAAGCACGAAGAGACAGACAUACUUCUAUGGGAGGAGAAGAUUAAACUUGCGGAGGAAGACGCGCAGAAGGCACUAGAACGCGCCGAGAGAGCGGAGAAGAAACUCGCAGAAAUAGAUAGAAGUCGACCGCCGAAGAAAUCUAACCUCAUGUCAAGGAUUAGUUACUUUGAAAACGGUGGAGCAGAGAAAAGAGAAGAGAAGGUCCAAGAAGAAUUAAUUAAAGAAAUUAUUAAAGAAGAAACGAUUGAACCACCACACGAGAAACAAGAAGACAAACCACCAGGUAAACCUCCCACCCAGCAAACCCCACCAAGAUCUCCAACACCGCCUCCCAUCCCGCCACCUCCCCCCACAAACGCGCCACCCCCGCCGCCACCUCCAAUGUUACCACCGCCGCCACCGCCCCCGCCGCCACCUCCUCCCCCGAUGGAGUUCAAGCCCGCCAGCACUGUGGAGGAUAUGGCGGAUAUGCUGGCGAACAAGGGAGCCGCUUUGAAGAAGACCAAACAAAAUGGCGGUGGCGCCAUCGACGCGAUAGUGGACCAAAUCAAAGGCGGCAAGUUCCAGCUGAAGCCCAGAGAGCAGAACUUUCUGGAGAAGAAGCCCAAAGACGAGCAGCCGGAGGCGGUGAAGGAGAUGUUACAGAUCCUGGGCACGUUGCGCAAGCGGCGCGUCACACGCCCGCCGCCCAGCGAGCAGGAAGCCUGAGCGUGAACCUACUCCUCACGGCUUCUGCGCCCCUAGUCCUCGCUCGCGCCUCAAGUCCAAGUCAAGGUCAAAUAUUCCCCUAUCCAAUUACCCCUGUGCGCUGGUAAGUGAGGCGUCUCGGAUUCGGUCCCUGGUAGGGGCAUGGCAAAUUUACAAAUGCGCGAGAUUCUAAAUAUUCGAUAGCGUAAAAGUUAACUGCGAUUUGUAUUUAAUUCAAAAAGCGCCAUCUAGUUUCGUUACUGCGAAUCAAAAAAGCGCCAUCUAG